CUCAUAAACAAAAGAUUUUGUCUUUCCAUCAAACAUCACUUUCUCAUAACUCUCACACUUCUCAUUAACUUCCUCGUGUUCUUCUUCGUGUUCUAUUUUCUUUCUUUCACUUCCAACAAGCAAAGAAACAAACACACAAAAAGGAUGAGUUCUAGAGCGUUCAGAGCAACACCAGAUAGCAACUAUUUGGUCCCUAGGAGAUCGAAAGACCAACAAGACACCAGUCCGGACCGUAACCGGAUCUGGUCAGAGCCUCGUCAUAAACCGGUCGGUAACCGUAAAGUCCCCGUCGUCUAUUACCUCUGUCGGAAUGGUCAGCUUGACCAUCCUCAUUUCAUGGAAGUCACUCUCUCUUCCCACGAUGGUCUCUAUCUCAAAGAUGUGAUAAACCGCUUGAAUGAUCUUAGAGGGAAAGGCAUGGCAAAUCUCUACUCUUGGUCCUCCAAAAGGAGCUACAAAAAUGGAUUUGUCUGGCACGAUUUAUCGGAGGACGAUUUCAUCUUCCCCGUUCAAGGUCAAGAGUAUGUACUCAAAGGCUCUGAGGUUCUUGAUUCUUGUCUUAUCUCAAACUCUAGGAGCCUCCUCGAAACGACUUCGUUUAGAGAUCCGAGAUCUCUAAACCCAGAGAAACACUCCGGCGAUGAUCUCCGGGCGGUGAAUCGCCGGAGAAAUCAAUCGUGGAGCUCUAUCGAUCUCAGCGAAUACAAGGUGUACAAAGCAACCGAGCCAAGCGCCGAGUCGACUCGAAGACUCGCGGCAGACGCCUCAACGCAGACGGACGAUCGACGUCGGCGGAGAAAACCGGCGAAAGAGGAGAUAGAGGAGGUGAAAAGGCCGGCGAGGUACGAGAAUCAGAGCACUGAGCUGAGCAGAGACGAGAUUUCUCCUCCACCGUCGGAUUCGAGUCCUGAGACGUUAGAGAAUCUGAUUAAAGCAGAUGGACGGCUGAUACUGCGUCCCAACGAGACUAGUGUCGAUCAUCGGACGGUCGAGAGCUUAUCGAGCGGGAGAAUGAGAGCUUCGGCUGUGUUAUUGCAGCUGAUAUCGUGCGGUUCGAUGUCGUUUAAAGAAUGUGGGCCCGUUUUGUUGAAAGAUCAAGGGCUGUCGUUGACUGGGCGUAGCGGGUGUACGGUAACGAGGGGAGCAGCUGAUAACAGCCUCGAUAGGGCAGAGAAGGAGUUGCAGAGUUUUGGAAGGGUAAAAUUGGAAGAUAAGGAGUAUUUUAGCGGCAGCUUGAUUGAGACCAAGAAGGAACUAGUUCCAGCUUUGAAAAGAUCUUCAUCUUACAAUGCUGACAGGAGUUCAAGAAUGGGACCAACGAUGGAGAAGGAUGAGGAAGAGGCGGUUCGAGCUAAGUGCAUACCGAGAAAACCAAAGUCGGUGGCUAUAAGGAACAAUGGUGGCCAGCAGUAGCAAAAGGGCACGAUUUUUCGAGGAAAUGGAUGUAAACGCCACGGAGUCUAACAAGCUUAUUUUGGCUUUAAGUAACAAAGAAUAGGGGAAUGAUGAGUUGUAAGCGUUGUGAAUUGUGUAGGUAAUUGCUAAAAAUAUCCUAUGCAUGCUAAAAAGUUAAAGCGUAAAACGUGAUGAGUAUAUAAAAAUGUUGUAGUUUGAGCCUAGGUGUCUUUUGAGGUUCAUU